UUUUACUACGCAGUUCAAAAAGGGCGCAAGCAAGGAGUGUAUAAAACAUGGGAAGAAUGUAAGAAACAAGUUAUUCAAUUUGCUGGUGCCAAGUAUCGUAAAUUCGCUACGUUGGAAGAAGCUGAAUCUUUUGUGGCAGGACAUGAUGAAAAACAAUAUGAUCGAAAAAAACGGAAACGAAUGAAUAAUGAUGAUGAUAAUGAUGACGAUCGACCUAGAUCAAGACAUCCCAAGGCAGAUCUAGUGGUUUAUACGGAUGGAGCAGCGGCUGGGAAUGGACAACAUGGGGCCAAGGCCGGGUAUGGUGUAUUUUGGGGCAAGGACGAUGCACGCAAU